CAAAAUUGAGACGAGCUAGACACGCGCCGUCCAACAUCGAGGCGAAAAACAAACCCUAAAUAUAAAAGCUAGGGUUGUAUAUCUCCAUGACUCUCUAACCUUGAGCUGCUGCUAGUACUGCUACUGCUACUUGUGCUAUCUCCGCCUCCAAGAAAUUAAUCUCAGGUAAAACAAUGGCGGACAAGGCAGUCACUAUUCGUACUAGGAAGUUCAUGACCAACCGCCUCCUUUCCAGGAAGCAAUUCAUUAUUGAUGUUCUCCACCCUGGAAGAGCCAAUGUUUCCAAGGCGGAGCUAAAGGAGAAGCUAUCAAGUAUUUAUGAGGUUAAGGAUCCCAAUACAAUUUUUGUAUUCAAGUUCAGGACCCACUUUGGUGGUGGGAAGUCCACUGGUUUUGGAUUGAUUUAUGAUUCAGUUGAGAAUGCUAAGAAGUACGAGCCCAAAUACCGACUCAUCAGGAAUGGGCUUGAUACUAAGAUAGAGAAGUCCAGGAAGCAAAUGAAAGAGCGAAAGAACAGGUCCAAGAAGGUUCGAGGAGUAAAGAAGACCAAGGCUGGUGAUGCUGCCAAGGGAGGAAAGAAGAAAUGAUUUUUAAGGCAUUUUAUUACGAUCCUUACAUGCUCAUAUGCACCAAUGGAAUUUUCUUUGGUAGUUCUCUAGCAUUUAGGUAAUUUUGAAUGUAACCUUUUGCCGUCAGUGUGGAUGUUGAUGUUGAUGCCACCGUUUCUUUUAAUUAUAUGAGUUUGAGCACUUCACAAGAGGACCAAUUUUGAAAUGUUGAACAGUGACAAAAAGUGGUACGUUCCAAGCUAUUUCAGUCAAUUCAGAUACCAAUUUUAUUGA